GUAGCACUUAACGAGGUCGGCGGAUUUGAGCGCAGGGAUUUAUUGCCGCCGAUGGCUUCGAUGGCUGGAUAGGUAGAAUUCAUAUUUUUGAAUUCGAUUACAAUACGAGAAGUCUCAGCUCAGAAAACUACCAAUCAAACAUCAUGAUUGAUUAAUUGAUUGAUUGCAUACCAAAUAUUGAAUAAUAGGAGGUAGUCUUAGAGAUUAGAGAAGCGCCUCUAGUGCUAACCUUUCUCUACUCUUUCGAUAGUCAUAUCUACCUACAAACAUGGUUUCCUCAUCACAGCAACCGACGCCCCAGAGGCCCUCAGUCUCAAAUCCUAAUACCAAUCAUAACUCUGAGGCUAUUAGUCCAUAUGAUAGAGAGAUGCCAUCUACAAAUGAGCUUAAGGAAAUCGCAAGCAAGUCGUUGCAGACCGGAGUUAUGGCCGGCGGCGCUGGCUUGGUGAUUGGGGCUGGGGCUGGUAUUGUCCGGUCAGCGCCACCGGCAUUGUUUGCAUUAGUUGCUGGUCUCCAAUGGUUUGCUCUUGGGUCUACUUACACAGCUUCAAGAGAACUCCUUUGGCAUGCCUGGGGUGGUAAAGAAAACCUCACCACAUCAGACCUAGUGAAGUCAAGCGGUAUAGCUGGCGGCGUGGCUGGGAUGGUCGGCGGCAUGUUCCGGGGCCCUAAGAAUAUUAUACCUGGAAUUAUAGUUUUUGGCACUGCUGGAACUGCUGGUGCGUACCUAGCUCAGGUCCUCAAGAGCCAGUCCAAGGAUGAUUCCAAGGCCAAGUCGGGCUGGCUUGAUUCAAAAUGGAGUCCUUUAAAACGAUUAUCAGACAAAGAGUAUGAAGAAAAGCUCGAAGAAAAAAUUCUCCGGAUAAACGCCGAAAUCUCUAUCAUUGAUGAUCAUAUUGCUGCUCUUCGAGCGUCAAGCGGCGCAUCAACCAAGACAGGCGAGGAAAGUAAAACAAAUAACAACUCAUGAACUGUUACCCGGUAUGCUGAGUUGUUUAUUACAACUAUUAGGAUUUCCGUGCCAGCAACAGAAAAGCCUAGAUGAUAUUCUUUGAUAGAAGGAACCAAACUCGGUCGAUAUUAGGUUCUGACGGGAGGAAUUGGCACCAGAAAUAAGACAGGCCAAUGACGAGCACUUCAUCAAUCUCAGCCAGCCACCUGUAUGAGACAUCAUAUAUAAAUAUAUAUACCCCUGACACCGA